AUGAGGCUGUUGCUAAUCUGCAGCUGCGUCUUAUUUAUUUUGAUCAACUCUGCUUUCGCUAUAUCAUUCAGUGCUGGUGAUGAAAGUGAUUUUAGUGAAACUUAUAGGUUAUUGAAAGGUAUAGAAAACGACGAACUCUUGAGUACGUUUGAAAGGAAAUUGUACAAACUUUUGAAGAUUUUGCAGCUAUCUCCAGAUAGGGAGCAUAAUGUGACACUUGAGGAAUUUAUUGAAGUAAGCCUCACGGGAUCUGAUAAAACUAAGCAGAACAAGAUAUCCCAACCUGCCUCAGACUAUUUCUGGAAUAAAAACUUACUAUCAGAGGAGAUAGGUGAAAUUAUAAGACUAAAAGAGUUGUCGGAAACAAAAUACUUCGAUAAAUACAUAUAUUGGGGUAGUAAUAAGAUGAUAGCAUACCAGCUAUGGCUAUUCGAUUCCGAGAAACAGGAUAUUCUCACCAGUGCAAGGAACAUCAGAAGUUCCCUUCAUGCGCAGGUCGUAAGUCUUGAGUUAACACGACUGUACAGCAAGACAGAGCUGAAAAAGCUUUUGCACCACUUGAGGUCAGCUAACUACGACUUAAAUGAAACGAGGAAAACGCUUCUAGUAAAAGAUAGAGCAUCUGUUGACCAGGUUAUUAAAAGGGAAAAAGUGGAAGGAAAUAUCAAAUACAUUCAAGAUGGGUCGCUUCAUCUCGUACAAGCAAUUGGUGCCUUAACGAUAUGCAUUGUCAGUCAUAUGCAUAUUUGUGUUGCAAUCUUUACAGUACUACUACCAUUACAAUUUAUUUUGUGGAUGCUCAUGGUGAUCAGCGAAUGCUUUUGA